AUGGGACCCCCCCAGACUUGGCCAAGGCCUGGGGGGUUCUUUACGGUGGCAUUACGGAGGACUCCGGAUCACGACGGUACUGUUACGGUGGAUAUAUCGUGGACCAGCAGCCCGGCAAAGGGCCACCACGACCGAACAAGAAGAGAGUAUGAUAUGACUAUGAAUCCCGAGACGGAGAAAUACCCUGUCGUCGCUACAGAACCACCGAGAGGGUCAGAGGAACAUGACCCACGUCCAGCUCCCCGUCGCUAUCCUUCCCGAAAGAGCAAUAUCCCACCGCCCCGAAGAGGACAAGCGCCUCCAAACAGAUUGCCAACAAUUUUGUACCGUACCCUCAUCUUGGGCCUGGUCUCCUUGUCUCCCGUCCCCUCCCUCCCGGUCUCCACCAAGCCAUUCUACCGGCCUAGAGACCCUUCCAACAACUACUGCAGCCCCCGGGCUACUUGGCCCUGGCCCCGUUGCCCUCGGAAGGAGGGGGUGAGGUGUACUUUUAACAACAUAGCCGCCCCAAAUCAUUUUCCCAUUCAUCCAAUCAUGUCUCAUAAUCAUCUCGUGCAACAAAAACAUUCCCCCCUCUCUCUCAAGGCGAAAGGUCAAAAGAAGGCCGGUCGGAACCCCAUAGCAGCCCUACGUCUGCCAAUUCUGGGGGAAAACUGCCCAGGGCAUGUACGUGUGUGUGUGGAGGUUUACCGGACGCCUGGGAAUGAUAUUUCCCCAUUCAACCCACUCCUCACUCGACCCUGCUUCAGCUCGCAGCUCGCAUAUCCGCCGCACUGCCCGUCGCAAAAGCAGCGUGAGAUGGGCGGCUAG